GGAGGGUAAAGCGAUGCUACGAAUGGACUUCACCAUUAAGAAUGGAAUGGUUAGUAGCAGUCGGCUUGGGGAAGAAGCAAAGAAAGAGCGGAGUCAUGGUUGUUGACCAGAGUAGGACGGUUAGGCGGGGCCCUGUCGAACUACCAAGAAACAGAUAGGCGCAGAGAAGAGAGAGAAAAGAAACAGAGGUUUCAAAUUUUCUUUUGUUCCGUUACGAGGUUGCUGUAGAUUAAGAAGACAGAGAAGGGGGCGAGCCUCCAGAAUCGAGUUCUGAGAAGCAGACACAGGAGAGGCAAAAAUAGAUCGAGUUUAGGCGGAGAUGGAACUGCGCGAUGAGUACCAGAAGCUCGUUCACGUGAUGAUGAAUACUCCGAGGGUGGCGAUCGACAAUGCGAUGUCGCCUACGGCGACGGUAGUGAGGGUGAACAGCGCGCGGAAGCGAGGGAUGCUUCUGGAGGUUGUGCAGGUGCUCGCCGACCUCAACUUGAGGAUCCAAAAGGGUUACAUCUCCUCCGACGGCCGCUGGUUCAUGGACGUCUUCCACGUAGUGGACGAGCGCGGACAGAAGCUCCUCGACCCCGCGCUUGUCUCCCUCAUCGAGCGAUCCCUCGUAGGCGAGACCUCCUUGUCAGAAGCAGACGGAGGAGCGGAUGGCUCCGGUUUGGCGGGCCUGACGGCGUUGGAACUCACCGGCACCGAUCGCCCAGGCCUCUUGUCGGAGGUCUUCGCCGUGCUGCGGGACUUGGAGUGCAACAUCGUGGAGGCUAAGGUGUGGACGCACAACGCACGGAUUGCUUCCCUCAUCUUCGUAAAGGACAUCCACACGGGAUCGCCGAUAGCGGACGGCCACCGCAUCCACCGUAUCGAGUCUCGACUCGGCCACGUACUGCGCGGCGACCACGACGUCCGCAGCGCCAAGACCGCCGUCUCCUCCCCCACCCUAAUCCACUCCGAACGACGCCUCCACCAGCUCAUGUUUGCGGACCGCGACUACGAGCGCCUCUCCACUACCGAAGACCAGGCACCGUCCUCUUCCUCGCAGUCAAAGCCGUCGGUCUCGGUUCAAAAUUGGGCAGAACGAAGCUACUCAGUGGUCAGUGUUCAAUGCCGUGACCGCCCCAAGCUCCUGUUCGACGUCGCCUGCACGCUCACCGACAUGGAUUACGUCGUCUUCCACGGCACUCUCGGCGUCGACGCCGAUCGAGCCUAUCAGGAAUUCUACAUCCGUCACGUGGAUGGCGGUCCGAUCAGUUCGGAAGCCGAGCGGCAGCGAGUCAUCCAAUGCGUGCAAGCCGCCAUCGAGCGCAGAGCCUCCGUGGGAGCCCGGCUAUCGCUGAAGACGCCGGAGAGGCGGGGCUUGCUCGCGGAAGCAACCCGCAUCUUCCGCGAGAACGGACUCUCAAUAAAGAGCGCGGAGAUCACGACCAAGGACGGCGAGGCGAAGAGCGAGUUCUGCGUCACCGACACCGGCGACCACCUCCCGGACCGCCGCUCCAUCCAUUCCGUCAUCGAGAAGAUCGGCGAGGAGCACCUCACAUUGAGCGAGCAUAGAGCGCCCUGGUCGUACGGCGAGCGGCCGCCGGCGGCGGAAGCGGUCGGCUCUUUUAACCUUGGGAACCUGGUGAAGCGGAAUCUCUACUACCUCGGUCUGGUGAGAUCAUGUUCUUAGGAAGAAGCACUGUCUCCAUCGCCUGCGCGGCACAUGCCUCUACCUUGAGGCACGCACCUUUUCCUUUCUUGCACUGUAACAGUUGUUGCAUAUGAUUUGUACAGAUAAUAGUGGACAGCGAUUAAAACUGUUAGAGAGUUAGCUAGACAAAGCAAAGCAGCUAGGAACAGAAACAAAUGGUGCCUUAGUUACGCAAGUGUUGUUGUUGUUGUUGUGUAUUCCAUUUGGAGAUAUGUAAAUAUGGCACCCAAGUACCUAAUACUUACUAAUACUACUUUACUAUUGUCUAGUGCA